AUGUCAGAAUUACCACCUACAGCAACUUCAACAACAUAUAAACUUCAUGCUCCAAAUUAUGCGGAUUUAUCAUCAUCAAAUAAUAACGAAAGUUUUGAAAAAAAGUAUAAGAUAAAUUCACCAUCAACAAUUGAUAAUCCGUAUAAAACAACACCAUCAACAACACCAUCACCUCCAUCAUCACCAUCUAAAAAAGAUCUCUCAUCGAUUGCCAACGUUUCUUCUCGUAGUAUAAAUAACAAUAAUAAAGAGAAUAAACAAACAAGAUCAGUAAAAUUUCAAAAUGAUGAUGAUAAUGAUGAAAGAUUAAUUUUGGCUUUAACUCUUUAUUCUUUAAUUUUGGUUAAUAUUAUAUAUAUAUAUGAGAAAAAAGAGAGAAAUUUUUGGUUAGAAAUAUUAAUUCAGACAAUAAAUUUAGAAUUUACAUUUUUAACAAUAGUUGGAUAUCCAAAAAGAAUAAGAAAUUUACCGAGAGCAAUUAAAAUAUGGUGGGCAGAUAGAAGAGGGGAAAUACCAACUAGAAAUUCGUAUUCAUCAAGAUAUAGUGAAAUACAAAAAAUUCAAAUUAGCGUAACAAAAGAUUAUAAAUGGUAUGUUUAUGAUACUUUGGAUUUUUCUUUAAAUUGUACACCCACAAAAUUAUUAUCAAUUAUUCUUAUAUGGAAUAUUGGAAGUUUAGCACAAUAUGGAAUAUCAGGAAUUUUGUGGUUUAUACCACCAAUUAAACGACCUGUAAUUCCUUAUAUAAUUCUCACAUUAAUAGCAUCAAUUAGUGAAUUAGUACCGAUACCUGUUGUUGUAAUUCAAUCUAAACGAGCUAGAAUGGCAAAUAAUUUUGAAAUUCGGUAUAAUUUAAAUUAUUCGAUACAAGAUGCUUGUUAA